AUGGAGCUGCACAUUUUUGACUUUGAUGGGACCAUCUUCUACUCCCCCUCCCCGUCCGCGAGGAUAAAGGAGACACACGGGGCAAACGUGUACGCGAGGCUCAUGCGGCCGCUCACGGACAACGGCCUGGGCUGGUUUCAAAGCCUCACCACGCUGCUGCCGCCCGCGGUGCCGACGGCCCCGCCCAUCCAGGAGUGGUACCUGACACCCGUCCUCCGGCGAAUGAUGGAGCUGCGGCAGCGCCAAAGGGACGCCGCCGCCAUCGGGGCCCCGGAAGACGUCAAAAUGUUUGUGCUAACCGGCCGCGACGAGAAGUUUCGCUAUCGUAUUGAGGAACUGUUAACGCAUGGGGGGCUGCGAGACAUGUUGGGCGCGGUGCUGCUGAAGCCGCACGAGACGUACGGCACGGUGAAGUUCAAGCUGGAGGCGUUGUACUCGCUGAUUGCCCAGAACCGCCCCAAGCACGUAUUCUACUACGAGGACCGUGUGGAACAAGGGCAGCAGCUCCUGGACGGCAUCCGGCUGCUCUCGCAGGCGGUUCACCCUGAUGCUCCCGAGUCGCUUUACGUUCACACUGCGGUAUUGAAGGAAAGUGGAGAAGUUCAUCCAACCCUUCUUGAGAGGAGAGAUGGCAAGGCGCGAAGUGGCCCAGCUCUGCGUUGGUGGGAUGAAACCAGGCGACGUGUCGCUCCUGACCCGUUGACAAGCAUUCUUCCCUUCACCUUUACGAUGUUGUUGAUCGAUCCCAGUUUGUCAUCACGCUGCGAGAGGCUGCUAAGCGCGAGUGCGGAGGAUGAGGUUGUUGCGCAACUGCGGUACGAGAGAGACGCGUAUGAAAGCAGCAAUCCCGGGGGGCCGAAGAAGAAGAGUUCUUUUCGUCGUGGCUCUAAUCGCCAUUAUUACCCGAAAAAAUAA